UCUUAAGGCUUGUGAAGAAACAGCUGCUUGAUAUUGCCAGACCAACCACCUCCCCAUUCCGCCAUACACCAUGUUGAGGUCAGGAGUGUUGCUGCUUUUUGCUUGCUGGACAUGUGUCCAGGCAGUGGUCAGAUACGAUGGACACCGGGUGUUGAGAGUUGUCCCCAAAACACCAACUGAAUAUAAGACCGUGCAGAAGUUGGAGGCUUUCGCAGAAAAAGAUAAUGUUGACGUAUGGCGCCGCAGCAAUGGCGUUGGUAGUCCAUUUGACUUCCGGGUCACUCCAGAUGACUUUAUCGUCAUGACGUCGUGGUUGCACAUGUACGGCCUGCGUUACGAGGUGAUGGUGAAAGACGUCGAGAUCGCCGCGCAGAAACAACGACAAUCCAACAACAAAUCCACCAACGCCAUUGAUUUUGAUUAUGGUAGAUACCAUGACUUUGACGAGAUCAACCAGUGGAUUACCGACAUAGCUGCUGAAUAUCCCAACAUCGUCACCGUUAUUACAGCUUCACAGACAUACGAAGGCAGGAACGUCCGGGGUCUUAAGAUAUCAGCGAGCAGUACAACGAAACCGGGCCUGUGGUACCAAGGCGGUAUACACGCCCGAGAGUGGAUCUCCCCCGCCACUGUAAUGUACAUCACAGCGAAGUUACUGGAACAAUACCCCACACGGUCAGAGGUGAAGGAGAUUCUGGAGGGAUUUGAUAUCUACGUCGUUCCCGUCCUCAACGCCGACGGCUACGUCUUUACGUGGACAGAGGAACGUCUCUGGAGGAAGACGAGAACAGAGCAUGGCAUUUGCAAGGGGGUCGACCCAAACAGGAACUACGGAUUUCAGUGGGGAGAAUCUAGCGGGUCCAGCGGGGACCCAUGUUCCGACACGUACCGAGGGCCAAGUGCGUUCUCUGAACCCGUCAUUAAAGGCGUCACCGAUUACAUCAAGGACAGCGGGGUGACGUUCAAGGGAUUCAUCGACUUCCACAGUUAUUCUGAAGUUUGGAUGACGCCAUGGGGAUACACCACCGACACCCCAACGACUUCACCGACCAGGAUGCCUGUUCAGCUGCUGCCACGGCUGCCCUCAAAGCAGUGCAUGGAACAACCUAUGAACAUGGAACCAUUUCCAAUGUCUUGUACAUCGCCAACGGCAACUCUGUAGACUGGGCGUAUGGCAGUAUGGGGAUUAAGUACGCAGCCACCCCCGAGCUGAGGGACAAGGGCCAGUUUGGUUUCCUCCUCCCAGCUGACCAGAUCCUCCCGUGUGGGGAGGAGACGUUGGAAGGGUUUCUGGCCUAUGCCAAAUAUGUGCUUGACAACUGAUGUAAAGUGAAAAACAA